AUGAUAAAACUUUAUGACCCUAUUUUUGAUAUAUUUAGAGAACUAGCUGAGACUCAUUUACAAUGUGUUGUCUGUUCGGAACUGUUCGUAGAUGCUGUCAGUAUUAACUGUGGACAUACCUUUUGUGACUACUGUAUCAACGAGUGGAGGAAGAAGAAGAAUAACUGUCCGGUGUGUAGAACCAAUAUUAGAGCAGCUAACCCCGUCAAGGUCCUGGAUGAAUACUCAGAUAAAAUUUUUGAGCAAUUUGUUUUGGAAGGAGCUAAGAAAACCCGAGCAACCCUGAAGGAGGAGAGGGCAAAGCUUAAAGCUGAGUCUGUAAGACCAAGGCGUAUUAAUCCGGUUUAUAAUUUGGGUGAUGACAGUGAUGAUAGUCUAGAUAGUGAUAAUACAUUAGAGAUCAGGUUUGAUAGCGGACAUGAUUUUGAUUCUGAUUUCUCCGAUGAGAUUGUCAGGUUUAACUCGAGGUUUAGUGAUGAUUCAGAUAACAUCACAGUUCGGGACAGCGACUCUCCCCCCUUCCCGUUCCGUAAUCUGUGGGAUUCUCUAAACGUUGACACGGAUUCCUCGGACGAGGAUUUCAGCGUGAGACGAUGGACGAGGAACAACAGGACGGUUUUCUCCGAUACUAGCUCUAGCUCCUCCAGCAGCAGCAGCAGUAGUACAUCAGCUCAGGCAUCAGAAUCUUCAGAUUCAGACUAACUUAAAGAUUCAUCUUUCCUGAGAUUCCAAGAGCAUCAACAUGACCAGACUGUUUUCAUUUCAUACUUUCAUCAACGAAAAUAUAUAUUCUAAAGUUAAUUUUGCUCUAAAAUCAG